AUGCAUCACCCUCUCCCCCAGCCACUCGAGACGUUCCCAGGCUUCCGCGAGGCGUACGACAACUACUGCCUCGCCCCGUGGUCGUGCCACCGCGCCAUCGAGCGCGACCUGAUCCCGCACAUGAUGAAGGUCUACAGCAAGUUGGGCAUGUCCGGCGACUUCAAGACCGGCGUCCAGGCCCUCAUCGGCUGCAUGAAGUUUGCGACGGUCGCUGCCGAGCGCGCCGAUCACGAGGACAGCAUCGACCUCGUUGGACAGACUGGCCGUCUCCGGCAAGGUGUCAUUCUUGCGUACGGCAGUUUCGAGGUGGCUUUCACGCAUAGCCUGCCGGUCGCGGCCAUGCCUGAGGGCUGGCAACGUGCUGAGCCAGGCUUCAGGGUGGAAUGGGCGCGUCACAAGCAGGGACAGUCAACCAUUACCCGGCUCUUGCGCAGCAUCCUAUCCAACGUGCCGACUGCCACACCCAAUCCCACCGAGGAGGCCCCCAACGGCGCGUCGAAAUACGACUGGUUGGGUCACAUCACCUCGAGCGCCUCCGCAACGCAUCGCGCCUGCUCGAUUAUACUGGAGCACGGCAGUGAGGGGGAACUCUUUCGACGACUGGUUCUCUUGAGCAUCAAUGUGUUCAACUACAUCACCAACAUGCGAUCCUACAGCCUCUUUCCCUCUGACGACCUGAUCUGCGGCGCGAUCGGCGACGCCAAACUCGCCAUCUACGCGCAUCCCGACCUCGUCGGCACGUACUACGGACCAGAAAUGCCCGCUCCUGCCUCCCCUCAUUCUCACACACCGCACUCGCUCGCCAGCCCGCUUGUCCUCAAGUCGCAAAUUGACCGCCAGCGUCGUCGUCUGCGUGGUGGUGAGCUUGGUCACUGGUAG